AUGGCGCUAGUGCUUGUGGCACUACUGACGGCUGGAGUCGUAGCUUUCGACGUCGUCAUGGAGACCAAUAUCGUCUCCAGUCGCUUCGAGUCUCUGCAACUCCACAUCAACGACAGCAGCGCCUCCAAUGGAUCUACUCAGGAGUCAACGUGCAGUCCAAGUGUAGUCAAUGUGAGUGCGAUCGAGUACCACUCCGGUCAUCGAUACUACCCGCUUCUCCAAGAUGCAACUCCUCUUGCCUCUCCUCGUUUCCAAGACGAACACACUGUCCUAUGCAACGAAAGUCGUCGACACGAUCUCAAGUACAGCUACUGCUUGCCAAUCUCUGGCCGCAAGGACUCGCCAUUUUGUACCGGGGCUGACCGCAUGGACCUAUUGACCCCACACUCGGCCCAGUCUCGAUGUUACGCUAGUGUGCUGCACAUGCUCUUGAUGGAAGUCUACGAGGAGCUCCAUGCCUUUGGACACACUCCACUUUUAGUAUACGGCUCCCUCCUUGGUGCCGUUCGUAACGGGUCUAUGAUCCCGUUUACCGAAGACACUGAUUUAGCAUACAGUGGACCCCUUGACGUUGAUGGCGACAUCGAGCGUGCUCUGGUGGCAAAGGGUUACCACUUUUUCCAUUAUGACAUCUGGCGGGUCUGUGUGGCCCCUACGCAUCCUCUGGCUGCGAGACUGUACGAUCCGAGACUUCCCAUCACGUCGAACUUUGUGGUGCCGUAUCUCGAUCUGUACGCAAUGGACAAGUUGAAUGACACCGACUGGAGCAUGGAGUGCUUCAGUGACAGUACACUGCCUCAUGAAAAGAUGCAGCCGUUUUCUCAAGUGAAGAUCAACGGACUGUCGUUCGACACGGUCGCGGAUCCAGAUUAUUUUUUGAGGAAGAUGUACAGCGAAGAUUACAUGACCCCAAAGCCGCGGAAGUAG